CUUGCGAUGUGUUUGUCAGUGCGUUACAAAAUAAACAGCAGACUCACCUAUGUUUAUAUAUCUUGUUUUUGUUGUGGUCCGAUAAGAUACAGUAUGAUAGCGUGUCCUUAAUUUCGUGUUAAGCGAAAUGUUUCUUGCGAUAUAUCCGUAAAUUGAGGCAAACAGGCGUUAAACAUGGGAUCGGGCCGCUCAGAUGAUGUUACGAGAGUGACACAAUUGGAUGCUGUGGACCUUGACAAAGAAAUUGCAGCAGUAAUGAAAAAUCAGAUCUUGACAGUGACAAAGUUUAUGAAGGUUGGAUUCCUUGGCCGAUGGGAACCAGAAAUUGAGGCCGCUCUUAGCUACAUAAUUUGGAAGCUAUCUGUUGAGAAGAAUCACACUACUUUUGGUAUGCAAUUAUUGGGAACAAGAUUUGCUGGUCAACCUAACAGACAGCGAUUGGUAAUGUUGGCCGUAUUGACUAUUGGCUCACGUUACUUCAAGCAUCGCUGGCCAGAUAUUUCCAGGCAAUGGAAAUUGGGACCUCAGGCUCAGCGAGCAGUAGACUGGAUAGAGACAACAGUGUUGAUUCUGCAGUUCUUAAACUUACUGCUUUUCCUACACCAAGGUCGCUAUCCGACACUCACUUCACGCCUGCUGGGCCUUCAUGUUGAACCUGUUAGGGUGACUCGCAGGGUUGGAUACUCCUUCAUGGUCCGUGAGCUGCUGUGGCAUUCUUUUAGUGAGAUUUUAAACCUUGCUUUGCCACUUAUUAACACUAUUACGAUACGCCGAUGGUUUAACUGGCUAAGAAGAAGUCGGGGUACAAGUGGAAGAUAUCAACAGCCAAUUGUCAACCCUGUUUUUACAACAACAACACGGUGUGCUGUUUGUAAUGAGCCUCCUAUUCAGCCACAAUGUAUUGGGUGCACUCACGUUUUCUGCUACUACUGUGUGCAGGCUAAUGUGCUUGCAGACCCACAGUUUGAGUGUCCACUCUGCGGUUUUUGUAGUGAUGGUACUGUCAGAAAUGUUCCACUGUAAUUGUGAUACACAGCAUAAAAUGUACAAAAAUUGAAAUAUUUUCCAAUAAAGCUUUUUCAAGUAUUGUAGACAGUAA